AUGACACAAUGUAUUGACCUCAUAAAAGCCAAUGACAUCCCCCAAAUCGUGGAAUGGUUGGCAGAAGAUAGCUCAUCCCGAUGGGAGAAUUUUGCGGCUACCCUGCGUAGCAACGUAACCCAUAGUAAGGACGUUGCAACUUUUGUUUGCGAAAACGCACGAUUUUUGGCAAGUGGCAGGAUUGGCAAGUUAAGUCGUAUAUUUGAUGAUGAGAGUCUGAACGUCGUGGCAUCAGGGUUGGGACGUGGAGCGUUAUAUGGGCCCGCCCAUUACCCUGAUUUACGUGCUGAUGAACAGAUCGAGAUUAAUAACUAUUCUUUCGAUGAUUUCGUGGACAUUCUGAAAAUUGCGUGUGGUAAGGUUGAAACUCCAGUAGCAUUUGCGGCUGUUGUUGAGUCUCUGAGUCACCGCCCGUCGGAGACAGACAAGUUACUUGUGCUGUUGGGGGAGAUCAUAAAGAAGUCUAGCGACCGGGCGCCGCGCAUUACCACAACGAUAGGAAUGUUAUCGCAAAUAUUGGAACGUAUCACAUACGUUACUCCCCUUCUUCGUUUUUUGCGUGAUAUGUGGAUUUUGGAUGUCCAAGAUGCUCACAAUGUUUCCAAAAUGAGUCUAAUAUCACUAUCACUGCGAAUGCACACGCUCAUAGUUAACAAAAAGGCACUGUUCCAAGAGCAUGACCCUGGAAUCGAAGUUGCUAAUCUUCUGUGUUGCUGGAAGAGUGAUAUGUUUUCGUGGAUUUCGUGCAUCUGCAUUUAUAGCGAUAAGACAACGCCGUGUACUCUCGACAGCACAUCGUUGGAUGAGGCGUUAUGUUGUUUCAGGCUGCUCACUGACGAUCAGAGUGUGAUGCCUCGAGUGUAUUCCUUACCCUGUCUUGUAUCUAUGCAUAUCAAGGUUGCACAUGUGCUCGCCUUGAACACCCGAGAUGGACAUGUAGACGCACACACGAGCAUAUUGUUGCUAUUGGAAACGGCUAUUGACAUGUUGAAAAGGUCGUGUGCCGAAAUUGAACAUUCGAUAUCACUUUCCGAUGAGUUCGUGGUCGCGUUGCUUGGAUGUUGUUCUGACACAUCUAAAGUUGAAAAUUUUAUGAGAAUAUUAGAUUUUUUAAUUAACAUACUCACGGAAGAUACACGUAUAACGCUUUUUGGGCGUGUUUCGUCCGGUUGCGACACUGACAGUUCCUUGACCCUCUGUCUGCGGCUAUUCAGGAAUCAUUUCCCUGAAUGCGAUGACUGCAUCCAAACACGAGUCAUCUCGGUGCUUAAAAGGGUCUCGGAACGACUAUUAUCUGAUGUGCGUGUGUUUUGCAAGACGUGGGAGUGUUUGUUAUCGUGGCUAGAAUCACUAGGUUCCAGCGUUGACGAUGGAUCUAGCGCCUACAAAUUGCUUCUCGAUUUAUAUAAUUCCCUCAGAACACUCACUACGGAAGAUAGAUUAGAUUUAAGGCUACGUGAAAGGGUUCUGAAUCUAUUGGACAGACAUGGACAACGUCCGCCGAAUACAACGUGGGUGGUAAUGGCUUGUGACCAGAUAUCUGAAACUAGCGGUGCUACUGUGCAACAGUUGUCGAGUGCAAGCGGUCUUGAGCCCUUUUCCGAGGGCGACCAUGUCAACGAACGUUACCUUAUGGCGGUGGCCGUUACACGAUGCAUAUUGAUCCAACGGGAGAAAUCUGGAACACUGACUCACAGACCUGAUGUUUCAGAAAGAUUUAAGGGUGACAAUUCAACCGCUCAACAGAUAAAAGAAUUGUCAAGACAUUUAAAGCCCUCUUUACUGGGCAACUACAAACCAAAUUUCAACACAAGAGGGGCUCCUCUUUCCAUAUCUGUGCGUAACCCAGAGCUUUUCUUGCAAUCGCCACUUUUCUUAAACAUAUGUCAGUUCGUUGGCACAGAUGUCAUGAUCGACAUUUUGCGCAGUCAUCGGAUGUUUGUGCCAUCUUGCAUAUUCAAAAUGUGUGGAAAUGCUGAGUACGCAUGGAUGUUGCAAGAACCAAUGGGCGCAGAAGAGUCAAAAGUACUUUUCAACUUCAUGAAGUCGCUCAUUGGUCGUAUGGAUGCUCCGCAGUCACGCAUCGGUGGGCACAGGUUAAGGCCAUUUGUAUUUAUCCAAUGCACCGGUACAAUUAUGUACAAUAAAAAUUUCUGGAACACCAAAACUCGCAGAUCCUGGUCGGAUAUUACACUUUCAAGACACUCCAUUCUAUAUAGGGACACAUUUAGCCGGAAAUUCGGUUUUAGGCCAUCAGACCUCUUGGGCGCAAUUAUAUCGUCGUGCAACGGCUCUGCCCCCGGCAAAGAUAUCCACAGCACUGCACAAAACUGUGCAAAUGACGCGAAAACACGUGCAUAUGGCGCUUUGGAAAGUAUUCUUUCUAGAACACCGGGCAUAAUGGUGUCUUCCAACGUCAUUCCAUCUUAUACACUUGGUAACAAACCGACGAAUGGUAAGCCUAGUGAUGAUGCGCGCAUCUGGAAAGUGCUUAUGUUCGUUUUAUUCGACCACGGUUUUGUUGAUCGGCGAUUCCGAGAACGGCAGAAGGCCGUUAAGUCAUUUAUUGAAGAUUUCGGUAAAACUACUGGCAAGAAGGUUAGACGAAAAAGUCUAAUGUUAGGUGGUAUUUUUCGUUAUUUCAAGAUAUUUUUACAAAAUGUAGCGCAAUAUGACAUAUGCCGAGAGUAUUGGUCGCGUUUUGGACGUAUAUCAGUUUAUAAUGCGGAACAUGAGAUCAGCAUUGACCCCGAGCUGAUUGUUCAAUUUAUCCACAACAUAGUUGAUGGUGUUGUGCCACAAGACCUUCUGGGCUGCAGUUCCAAUUAUUUGCGUUUUAAGGACAUUUGCAGGACUCUAAUAGUUUUGAAUAAAGGCGAGAAACUGGACAUGUCCCAGGUCAUGCAUGGCUUUAAGGCCGUAAAAUGCCCGUGGAAUCCUGGGAAUAACGGUAGACUGGCAAAUGGACAAACGCAUACCAUUUUGACUUACAUUAGUCGUCUUGCGUUUUUCCUGUUGGAGCACAUGGUGAUUCCUCUUCUUCAACGCCACUUCUAUGUAACGGAGGCCAAUUAUGCGAUGUACCGUCUGCUUUACUUCAGCAAGGCCAAAUGGCACAGGAUGGUGAUGAAAGCAAAUGACGCGUACAUUUCAGAUGUGCAUUCCUUCAACCACAUAGAUGCUAAAGGUCGGGGCACAAACUACCCAAACGUUACAACAUCUACCCCCGUUAAGGAUAUUUCUCACUGCCAUUUAAAGACUCAAUCUGGUAUUCUCAGAGUACGUUGGAUACCAAAACAUUCUGGCAUGAGACCUAUCCUAAAUUGCAAUUAUGGAAACUUUAAGAGAUCCUCCAAUGGUGUAUACACUUCUCUGAAUGAUGUGAUGCGCAUACCAUUUCAAGCUCUUAGAGCCCAGAUACGUAUGAAUCCACGUUUAUUAGGUAAUGGGAUAUUGGGAUAUCCAAGUGCGUUCCGUUCGAUAAAACGAUGGUGGGUCCGUUUCAAGCACGUAAUACGUACGUGCAACACAAAAGGAGAUUGCCUGACGCUAUAUGUGACGUUGGCCGAUUUAUCGCGGUGUUAUGAGCGAAUAAAUCAUGCUUACUUGCUUAAAGCUCUGAGUGGAAUCGAUAUGCGCGGUCUUCUGCUCUUCCAUAAGAUUCACCGGCGAGAGUUGAUUCGUGUGGCAUCGUCAUCUAACUCCUACAGCAGGUGCCUAACGUUAUUGUCGAACGAUUCGUCGUCUGUUUUCUCACUUCAGAAGUCAUCGUUGAUGACGCGCAGUUUUGGUCAGGUAUGCAUAUGCUCACGUUACGCGAACAAUAAUGUGUUGCAUAAGGCAUCAGGAGCCGAUGUUAUCAGGGCGGUAAAGGUGUUACUAUCACAUGUUGGGACUUCUCUUCCAAAAUCGAGCCCUAAUCAGGUUAUUCGCAACGAUAUUGGCAUUCCUCAGGGUUGUUGUAUCUCUCCUCUGUUAUGCAGCCUCUACUUGGCUCAGGGCGAUUUUAACGUAAAUGUGCGUCGUCUAACCGAUUCUUCUAAUGGCAACCUAUUGUUACGUUGGAUUGAUGAUUUUAUUUUUAUUUCUAAAAGUGAGGAUGACAAUAGAGAGAUGAUGCGCAUUCUUAGAGACACAUCGGCUUUCGGCUUGGCAAUUAACGAUAAGUUGUUUACGAUGCGGCUAAAUAUUCCCUUAUCAAGGAACACUACUGGUGUGACUAGCAACUUUGGCAAAUCAGACUCUGGCGUUUGGACUUCACGAUUAUGUAUUCCAAAUAAACUUGAUGAUGACUGCAAAUCUUCCGUACCCGCAGCCAAUCAGAUUCCUAGCGAUGGAAAUGCUUUAUUAUCAUGGAUAAACUGCACGUUUGACUUCGACUUCGUACGAGGCUGUCUAAAUGCUACUUUAACUCCGUGGAAGAAUCUUACUUGCGAUGUACGGGAUUCGUUAAAUCUAUCGCGGAACCGUUUCGCGACGUUCAUGUUUUCUUUUAUUGAGCAACGACUAUUAGGUUACAUUUCUAACCGUUUGAGGCACGGAUUAUUCACGAGCACGGAAUUGAAUACUCCGCUUUGUGUAAUGCAAAAUUCGUAUGUUGUUAUGCGUAUCUGCACAAUGAAGCUCGUCAGUGCCAUCUCCGCGUUAUGCACUCAUUUUGGAGGGUUCAUUAACGUCAAAUACAUUGGCAGAUUGGCUCACAAACUGGUUGAUCAUACUGUCAUGUUGGUGUCUUUGGGUGGUGCAGACAUUCGCAAAAGUCGGCUCCGGGAUUUAUUGCAACUGGCAGUGAUUUUUACCUUAUCACCUACUUGGUUAUCGCGUCUUAGCCGGAAAUUCGGUAGGAGGCGUAUCAAAUUUGUGCGAUCCAUCGAGAAGAAAUUCAAGAACCAGUGGCCUGAUGCGGAAAAGUAG